CCUCGCCCACGAACUCCAUGCCCGUCGUAUCAUUGCAGGCUCUUGCCCCGCAUGCUGUUGGCUCCACGAGUCUAAAUACAGCUAAUGUGCCUGCCCAGUUCUCCACCCGCCUCACUCCAUGACAUGACUUGCGGAGACUGCCUGAUUGAUUAUGUUUCCAGGGCGGGUUUAUUGGGAUGAGACAGUAGACUCUGCGGAAGCUUAAGCGGCGGGUUUGGGGUUUAGGGUUUUGGCGUUCCGCUCUCGUGUGGUCGAGAGUUCACGCGUCCCCUGGGACGAUCGAAGGCGCGGUUUCUGGCAGUGGCAAUUUAACUUUCCUGCAAUCUGUCGCUGUAAGAGACUUGGCGUUGCAACUUCGCGCUUCAAAAAGGACACCUAGGUCCGAGGGAUAUAAAUAGUCCUCACGCAACACCUGUCGGGGGUUCAGUUGCACACUAAAAUUGAUUUACCCUUUCACAGUUGCCGCCACAAGUCUUAGCUAUGUCUGAGAAAAAGCAAGACGAGAUCUUAGCCUCCGAACCCUACCACAUCGAGUAUACCGAAAAGGGUCAGGGUGUCGAUGAGGAUGCCGUCUUUGGAGAGAUCACCGAAGAGGGUCCGAAUUAUCGCAAUGUAGGAUGGCUGGGAACCACCGCUCUCAUGAUGAAGACCCAGAUCGGUCUGGGAGUUCUUUCGAUACCGUUAGCCUUCGAUGCCCUCGGUAUGAUCCCGGGAGUCAUCGUCCUGUGCGCCAUUGCCGCGAUUACAACAUGGUCCGACUAUAUUGUGGGUGUCUUUAAGCUGGCACACCGGGAGGUCUACGGGAUUGAUGAUACUGGGGCACUCAUGUUUGGGUAUCCCGGCCGGGUUUUUUUUGGCGGGGCAUUCUGCCUUUACUGGAUUUUUGUGGCUGGCUCUGGAAUGCUUGGGAUCUCCAUCUCCCUCAAUGCAGUCUCCACCCACGGCGCUUGCACGGCCAUCUUCGUGGCGGUAGCCGCUAUUGCAGGCUUCCUGCUUGCUAGCAUUCAAACCCUAGGUCGCAUCAGCUGGAUCGCGUGGGUGGGAUUGUUCGGUAUUAUUACAUCGAUCCUCAUCGUCACAGUUGCUGUCGGACUCCAGGAGCGCCCAUCGGCAGCGCCACAGGGAGGCGUUUGGGUCUCUGACUACAAGCUCGUGGGCAGCCCGACCUUUUCCGAAGCCAUCACAGCUAUCUCCUCGAUCGUCUUUGCCUACGCAGGUACCCCGGCCUUCUUCUCAAUCGUCUCCGAGAUGCGCGAGCCCCGCCAUUAUACCCGGUCCCUUGUUAUUUGCCAGUCCGUGGUUACGGUGGUCUACAUUACCAUUGGUAUCGUUGUAUACUAUUACUGUGGAACCUAUGUUUCUUCACCAGCCUUGGGCUCCGCUGGUCCGACUGUCAAGAAGGUCAGCUAUGGCUUUGCGCUACCAGGUCUCCUGAUGACCACACUGCUUGUCAUCCAUUUACCCGCCAAGUAUAUCUUCAUCCGCAUCUUGCAAGGCUCGAGGCACCUGACUGCGAACACUAUGAUCCACUGGGUGACCUGGCUCAGCUGCACGUCGGGUAUCGCGAUCAUCGCAUAUAUUAUUGCCAGUGCUAUUCCCGUGUUCAAUGACUUGGUGUCCCUGGUUGGUGCCCUCCUGGGCACUCUGAUGUCCUUCCAACCUAUGGGCUGCAUGUGGCUAUAUGAUAACUGGAGCAAGGGCAAGGUCAGCAAAUCGCCCAGGUGGAUUCUUAUGGUCUGCUGGAGCGUCUUUGUCAUUCUAUCCGGCACCUUCUUGAUGAUCGGGGGUACGUACGGAUCGGUUGUUUCCAUCAUGGACAGUUAUAAAAAGUCCGGUGGCUCCGCAGCCUGGUCCUGCGCCGAUAACUCCAAUUCGGUCUAAGAUUCAACGUUUAAUAUGAAACCAGUGCUCUGCGUUACACUGGGGGUGGCUACUUCAAGACGUCUAUACAACUUAGAAGUGACUGAAGCUGGAUUUGGUAUAGAGAUAUCUAGAUAUAUCGAUAUAUAGAUGGCCACAUAGAUGAAUGUAAAU